UCCCUCUUCUCUGUACUCCUCUAUCUUCUUUGUACUCAUCUGUUCUUCAUCCUCUCUCCUCUCUUCGUUUUCUUUUCUCACUUUUCUUCGUUCAUCUCCGAUCUUCGAUCUCUCGUUCUUCUCUCCUUCUCUCUCAUCUCUCAUCGUCGUCGCCGUCAAUGAUUCGAACCACGCAAGCAUCAGCCACCGUCAUUAGAACCAAGUGAAGUACGACGUUUUAUUUGAGAGGAAUGCUAAGCAAGGGAGCUUUUACCUUCAAUCAAAGGUCCAUCGAGCAAAGGAACAGUUGAAGAGUGUAUAUCAAAACAAAGACUCUCUGAUGCCCAGCUUGUGGUUGGAGGUGCUGCCCUACCUAUGGUUGAUCUUGAGGCUCGAAGUGGAGACUUUGCAGACUUAGAUGGAGGAUGGAGGAUGGAGGCCCUAUUGAGGACUCAGAAGAUGAGUUGGAAGUUGUUCUUUCCCCAACUGUAGCUGAUGGUUUCUUCGUGUUGUAGGUGUGUUCAGGCCAUGGUCAAGUUUCAAAUUCAAUGCAAGUUCGGAGUUUCGGUCACAUGCACAUCACUAAACAAGCUGCUACCCCCAACCUUAACCAUCACCACUCCAUCUUCUAAAACUCCACCACUCAUCAUCUCCUUUCGAAUUCUUGCUGCCUCGCUCAACACAAACCCAUCAACACCUCCAUUUCUACAACGGCAACCCGCAGACAGCAACAACAAUAAUCAACCUUCGCAACCACCUCUUAAUUCCCACACAAACACCGAGCCAACACCCACACCUCCAGCAUCCCUAGCAGCUCCAGCUGCCACCAACCUCCCACACCAACAAGCAACGCAACCCACAACACAACCACCUCAUAAUUCCACCACUACCCUGCUCACAAAGUCAACUACAACACCUCCUCCGAGUUCUACCUUUUUCUCCACCAUCUCAACCACCUUCCCGCCACCAACAAUCAUCAAUUGGCCGGCCCUUCUCCCAAUUCACCGCAUCUCCAAUCAAGCCUGCACCAGGUCGCCUCUAACACCACCUAUAAAAACAUCAAAUCGCAGCCCAUCAACUGCCACCUCUCACCUCACGCAACAACAAUUGCAUCAAUAAUAACGACGACAACAGCAGCAAAGAAACAUUACAACGUAUCAAUUACAGCUCGCAGUAGCCACACGUACAGAGCAAAACUAAUUCAGUGAAGUUCGACAAAACCAAGGGUAGGUUCGGAUGAAGUAUAUUCUAAUGUCUAUUUUCAUAUUGCAGAAAGAGGUGGUUAUGGUGAUGAAAGAUACAAGCUUCUUGAAUUCCAGGGGAAGGUCAGAGAAAAUAUCAGGCUCUUCAUGAUGCCUCAUGAAAGGUAGUUUUUCUAUUCAUGAUUCCUAAACAACAUUUAGCCUAUGUUGUUUAUGCCAUAUUGGUAAGUUAAAUAGGUUUGAUAGAGUGGUGACUUUUUCUUGCAUUGUGCCAAGUGCAAUAUUAUGUAGUACAGGUCAUUGUCAUUUUCUUAAACAUUUUUUAGUUUCUUUUAAAUGUUGUUUCCUCUCCUUUCAUAAUGUAAUUGUUAACAUGUGCAACAGCUCUUCUUGGAUGAGGUUUUUUUUUUUUUUUUAAAAAAAAAAAAAAUUUAUUUUAUAUAUAUAUAUGUGGGAUCAUUUGAGACCACAUCCCUUAUUUGAGAACCUGGUUAUGUGAGGACAUAUUACAACCAUUGGAUCAAUAGCAUCCAAUGAUCACCAUUUAUCCCGCUCAAAUAUAAUUUCAAAAACAAAAUCAGCGUUUUCUCUCUCCCCCUUCAUUUUGCAAGUUAUUUUCUCUCUCCUCCAUCAAAACCAUUGUUGAAAUUCCCUCAAAUGCAGCUAUUCUCUCUCAUCUCCCUCUAGAUUUCCAGCAAAACCUACUUGUUUCCCCUUCUUUCUCUUAAAACCCUAAAAUCAAUCGGCGAUCGACGCAUCAAAGAUCAGGUAAUCUGUCUAGUGGUUCCUGCUCAUGUAUUUGGUCUUGUGUAUGGUGAAGGUCGUGCUAAUCUGUCUCGUCUGAAACAAGUAAUCAAUUCCUGAUCAUUGACCUUGAUGUUUUUGCUGAUCAAUUUCUACUAAAGGUUUCUUGAUUCUGAGUAAAUUUCUUGAAAUUCCCAGCAUUUUGCUAAUUUUUGAUUCUAGUAUGAAUUGUUGCUUGAGUUGAAAGAUGUUUGUAGAAUUCAAUUGAGAUUGGAAUGGAAAAUUAGGAGUGAAAAUGAAUUCGCAGUCGCAGAGGCGGUUGGUGACUUCUCGUGACUUGGUUGAAGAAGCUAAGAAGCGAAUUGUCAUUCUUUCGAUAUGUGUUGUCGGUCUUUCUUACCUCAUGUCCUGAGAAUUUGCAACAGCGAGGGCAACAUCUGCUGCUGGCACAAUUAUGGUUUUGACUUACAUUUCUUUCCCUUCCUAUUUUUCCUCUCUUUCUAACCUUAAGUAUAAAAUUCAUUCUUUGAUUUGCAUGUGUGAUUAUUUGAUCCAGGCAUUGACUACAAUGGCCACAUCUAGCGUUGAAGAAGUUGCCCCAACUGGACCUGGAAUACGAUUUUUCCAUCUUUAUAUGAGUAAAUGAACAAAAGAAAUGCCUGGUUUCAAGGUAAUAGAGAAGAGGAAUGUGGACUUGAUAGCUAGAGGUAUUGAAAGAGACAAGGAAAACCUAUAGCUAUUCCGGUGGUUGGCUUGAUCAUAUCGUUUUGUCCUUUUCUUAAUUGUACUUGAAUCUAUGGACCAAAUCUCCGCAUCUAAGAAGGCGGGUGCUUUGCUGCGAGCCUCCAUCAUGCAACAGAAGCGGACCUCUUCUAAUUCUCCUGCCAAGGAGACGCCCAUAGCGGGCACUUCUAAACCUUCCUCCUCCCAACAACCGGACUCGAAGGUUCGGAAGACGAUUGGUGGGAGUACGCCUGGAUCUGCCAGGAAACAGUCGGCUGACAAGCAGCCAGUCACCCCACAAAGUGUGGGGAACCCACCACUAGUUCUCAGUCGGCCGCCGAGAGGUAUAGACUGGUCUGCUGAGAGUACACCACUAGUUAUCACUUUCUUUACGUUUCUGAUUUUUCUCUUUGUUUUUUAUGCAGGCGGCCCUCAAGAACCGGACUUGGUCCAAAUGGCCAAGUCUAUGAUUAAGGUCGUCCCUCAAGAAGAGAGGGAUGCGGUCAAGGGAGUCGGCACCCUUGACCUAGGCGGCAUCAUGGGUCUCCUUUCUGAGACCAAGCUGAGAGUACACGGUCUCUUAAGGCCAAUUAGCGCCUACAAUAAAGAGGCGCAGGCCACUUCCACUAUUCAUACUGAGUUGGAGGCGGCCAAAAAGAAGAAUAAUGAGCUGGAGGCGACGGUUAAGAGUCUCCGAGAUGAGCUGGGGAUGCUUAGGCAAAAGAUGACCCAAUUCGAGACCAUGGAGAAAUCCUUGGCUGCUUUAAAAGAGUGCCUGCAACAGCAGGAGAAAAGCCUCACUGAUGAGCUCUCGGCCAAGGCUGAAAAAGAAAAAAUGGAGCUAGUCCAAGCCAUGAUGGACGACUCGGCUCAAAUCAUGAAGAUGACUUGGACGAAUCUCUUCCCAAAAUCCAACUAUGCCGCAUGGGAGAAAAAAUUCAAUGCUUGUCCUGAAAAGUACAACCAACAAAUCAUGAGGCAUGCGGCCGAGUCUAGCUCAGAAGAGGAAGAGGAGGACGUGGCCCUGCGGCCGAUUGAGGUGGAUGCAUCUAAAGAGGCUGCCCCUGAUGCCGAGACAAGUUAUAAGGAUGCCUCCCAGAACCAGGCGUCCCUUACUGAUCAGGCGACAGUCAAUACUGAAACCCUGCCUCAAUCUUAAAGCUUUUAUUUCUUUAACUUUUCUUCAGCCUGUGCGCCGUUUACUCUUAUAUCAUUUUACCCGGCCAGGGGGCCAGGGUAUUGAAUAUUUUGCCGGUCUUUAUGGCCGGCUGUUUAUAUGAAUUCGGCGACCAUCUUUUGGUCGUCUUUGCUCAUUGAAUUUUGUUUUAUGCUUUAUUUUUGCUAAGUGUCAAGGGUCCUUAAUAUCCGUUUUCAUGCCAUACCAACUGUUUCGGCUAGCCAUUUUGUUUAAAAUUUGUAAGCCAAAAGUUGCGAACAGGUACAAAGUAACGACUGCCUAUGCCCUGGACGACUGGUUUUCUUGGUUCCAAGUUAGGCGAUCAGUCGGCCAUUUAUCCAGUCGGACCCCCAACAUAUUUUAGGCGAUACUUUAGGUUUGUUUAACUUUUUCAAGUUAGAAAGGAACAGGCCGCUUAUAACUAGCCCGCCUGUUUGUUAAGAUAGGAGUAGUUCUUUGGUCCUUGCUUACAAAAAAGCAGUCGACCCACGAACCAGAUUUUCAAACGUGUUUGGUUUGAAAAGAAAUCAUCUUAGUAGGGUUAGGGUACGAGAGCUCUGGUUCGCCUUAAGGCAGGCAGACUCGUCAUACCUUUUGAAUCCUGACUAAGUAUGAAAGAGUGACUUAUGGGCAAUCUUUGAGGUUACCCAUUCGUCAUCUUUUAUGCUUGAGUAGUAGAGGCACCAGGCGGAGGAGGCCGGCUAGUUCUCUUGAUUCACCAAUGUUUGUUGGCUAUUUACUCAAGAGGUACCGGCUGUACUUAUCCCAAGUAAUACAUACGGUUAUCCGACUCGGAUGUUAACUGCUAACGCUUGUUUGGUUUAGUGUUGGAGUAUUCCUUGUCUCAAAAACGGCUACGCGGUUGUCCUUGGGGACAGUCGUCUAGGUGCCGUGUAAUUAGUCUAUAGAACAA